CGUCCCCUCCCAUCGCGCAGGUCAGUGAGUCUGUCCCAGGACACCUCAGAGUCAGACCUCUGAUUCAACAACAACAUUUCUGUGUUUUUAUCGCGAACAAAAGGAACUGUAACUCUACCAUUUAGACAGCUGAAGUCACAUGGAACUUAGGAAUCAAUGACGAACGUCUGCGGGCCAAAUUUAGCCCGUUCCGCCUUCGCAAAGUUUGUUUAUCUUGGUCGAGUUUUACCGAGGGAGACCGAUUUUUAGAUCGUCUGCAACUACUUUUGGUGAACUUGAGGGAAACGCCGUUAUAAUUUUCUGCAGCUGUGAAGACUCUGUGGGUCUCUUCGAGACUAGGACAAGUUCGUGUGCUGUCUCUGAGGUAUUUUGACGUAAUAUUUCUUCAUUUAUGCAACCAGAUAUGGAAGGGGGAGCGAGCGAGGCCGAGGAGGGCCCCUGGACCGAGCUGAAGUCGGAGAGCCCGCCCGAACUGACCGACCAGUUCGACACCCUCAAACACUGCUGGGCUGUGGCUUUCCAACACCAAAACGUCCCAGAUUUCGCCGACUUGAGUCGACAAGAGAUAGAUCAACACCUCCGAGAGAGCCGUAAGUCUACAGAGGACUUGAAAGUUCGGUUAGAAAAUGCCGAAUAUUGCGUGAAGUACCUAGAGUACAUGCAGUAUGUGAAGAGUGAUCAGGGAGAAGGUGUUAGGGGUGAGGGUUUGGCCACGGGACCCGGAAGUGCCACAGUGCGGAACGAAGUCAGAGACUCUGACGAAGAAUUUUACAGCGUAGACGAGUUAGACCGUGAAGCUAUUAAAUCCGCCUUGAAUCAAGACAGUACAAGUGAAAGUGCUAGCCCCACAGACCAACAGGCAGAGGACACACCUGUCCAUACACCUGUGGAUGAAGAAGAAGAAGAAGAAGAACAAAGCCCUAUGGAAAGCGAAAGAGAGUCUGUUGCAGAAAGUCUUUCCCCGAUCGAAAGAGAUCCGUUCGGGGAGAACAAGUUUGGCCAAACGUCGGUCCGAGACAGCAUGAUAAGCGUCGAGAGCCAGAACGUUGGCGACAUUUGCGACUUGGACGAAAUAGACCUAGAUAUGGAUGAGAACAACGACAAAGACAACGAUGUUCCGAAACAGCUACUGACUAUGACGACGAACGACCGCGUGAGCAUCCGCAUCAAGAGAAACUACAACAUCCGAUCGCUGGGCGACCGGAAGAGCGUGAUCUCCGUUGAUUCGAUUUCCAGCGAUAUCCCCGAGGAUGAAGUAUUUGAGAGCAGGAGGAAAGAUGCUGUAAGCCCAGACAAUGGAGUCAACACACUGAACACCAGCGGCAAUGAGGAUGACCAUCACUAUAGAAUGAGAAAGCUGGUGAUGGAGGGAGUUUUGGACACAGAGUCGGUCUACCUGAGCUGUUUGGACGUUCUACUAAAGUACAAGAAGAUUUUUGAGGUAUCAGGGACGACAUCCCAGCCUGUGCUGUGUGCGGAAGACUGUGCCCUCAUCUUCUACAAGGUACGAGAGCUACACAACAUCCACAACGACUUCCACAAGGGACUGCAGCCCAAGAUCAGGAACUUCACCCCCCAGCAAGAAGUGGGAGAUUCCUUCAAACUACUGGUGUCUCAGCUCCCAGCGUAUGAAGACUACCUGAAGAACUAUGAGCGUGCCUUACAGACCAUCGAGCGCUGUCGGCGCAGUAACGAACAGUUUAACAGUGUCGCUGCGAGUGUAAAGAAUGGAGACAACCAUCAAACUCUGGAGGCCCUGAUAGUGCGACCAGUCGAGAGGGUGACCAGAAUCACCCUUGUCUUGCAGGACCUCCUGAAGCACACUCCUGUGAGCCAUCCAGACCACACCCCCUUGAAGGAGUCGCUAGAGACGUCUCAAGUCUUCCUGGACAAGAUCAACAAGUCUGCUUUCUCAGCACAGGGGGACAAGACUGACGGCAUCUCGGGCCCACAUCGUCAGCUUGUGAAGGAUGCUUUCCUGGUGGAACUGUCGGAUGGGAAGCGAAAGCUUCGCCACGUGUUCCUCUUCCCAGACCUGCUGAUCUGUGCCACCCAGCGUACCACUAGGAAGAUCUUCAGCCGUGAGUCAAUGCGGGAGUCGUACGAGUGCCAGUGGUACAUACCUCUGGGAGAGCUCAUGCUGAUUGCACACGAUGUGCAGCACAUAGACAGCAGCCCAGUACCUGUAACAAGUGAAGUUGACAUGGAGAAUCACAAAGCAAAGGUGGCUGAGCUGAGAAAAGAAUACAGAAAACUGAAGGCCAGCAACUCUGAUCACCCAGCACAGCGGCGUCGGAAGGUUGCAAAGGGCAUUGAAAAGGUCAAGAAGAGGUUGGCAGAGCAGGAAGCUGCACUAACACUGGCCUUCCCCAGUCUACCCUUCAGAGUUUUCCAUAAGAAUGGAAAGACCUACACAUUCCUGAUGUCGUCUGGAGAUGAGAGAGCAGAGUGGAAGGAGGUCAUCACAAAACUACAGGAGAAAUACCCUUCCAGACCCUCUCUUACAAACUAUGAGGUUCAGGCAUUGCUAAACUCCACUAGGGUACGGAAAGUCAACACAGUUGGGUCACUGUUGCUGAAUGACAGUGAUGAGCCGGCCCUGUCAGGCAGUCUCUGUGUGACAGUUCAGUCAGCUUCAGGCUUCACCGAGGAAGGCAGGGUUCACUGUCUCAUUGAAGUAGAUUCAUUUGGCCACUUUGAGCACAAGGCUAAAACUGGCACUUGUUCAUGCACCACUGAGGCUUCAUGGAAUGAGAGAAGACCGAUCCCACAGAUAGUUGAGCUGUGCACACAAGAGGUGGAGAAGAGAGGAGUGGAGGAGCUGGGGAUAUAUCGCAUCUCGGCCGUGUCCUCAGACGUGCAGAAACUCAAGAAGGCCUUUGAUACAGGGAGUAAAGACUUGCACCACAUGCUGCAGGAGACGGACAUCAACGCAGUGGCGGGGGUUCUUAAGCUGUACUUCAGGGAGCUGCCUGAACCACUCUUCACCAAUGAGCUGUACCACAGCUUCGCUGAUAGUCUUGCCCUGGCGGACCCUGAUGCUAAGGAGAGAAGCAUGCUGUCCCUGUUCCAUGAGUUACCUGAAGUUAACCAUGCCACUGCCUUACACAUGAUGAGGCACCUCAGGAGAGUUGCAGAAAAAGAAGAGGUGAACAAGAUGAACGUCAACAACCUGUCCACAGUGUUCGGUCCCACGCUGCUGAGACCUUCGGAGACAAACUCUCCCUCCGAGAUGUCGAGUGCGGCGUUCGUCGGUGACGUCCUGACACAAGUAGGGGUGCUACAAUACCUGCUGAUGUUACCCUUAUCAGAGGACAGGAGGCAGGCAUUGUCGUCCUCCGGAAGUGUGGAUACGCCAAUGUAACGACAUUUUCUAUCAUGCUAUAAUUAUUGUAGAAGGUAAAGGUAUAAUUCUUGUAGCCUUUUAUAAGGCCUUAGGGGCAGCCUCAGCGAAGACUGAUAUGCGGCGAGAAUGAGUGAGUGAGUGAGGCAGGCAUUGUCGUCCUCCAGAAGCGCGGAUACGCCAAUGUAACGACAAUUGCUAUCGUGCUAUAAUUAUUGUAGAAGGUAAAGGUAUUCUUGUAGCCUUUUAUAAGGCCUUAGGGGCAAUGGGUAUUGGAAGGCAGAGCCCACCCAUCUCUCUCCUUCCACUACCUUUUACUUGCUCAACUGAAGCCAGGUGCCCAUUUUUAAAGUGAAGUGAGGAAAGUCAUGUAAAGUGCCUUUCCUAAGGACUCAACAUCUAGCCUGGAAUGCUAGGAAUCAAACCGUGACCUCUUUUUCUUGUUUCCACUAGCAUAGUCACUGGAUGCUACUGCUAUAGUUGUAAAGUUAAAGGAAAAAGUGACCACUGCUUUCUUAGGUAAGAUAAGGGUGUAUACUUGUUCCUAUGUUGCCUUAAUACUUUCAGAUAUGUACUAGUGUUAGUAGAAGGCUGCAAUAGCUUACACACAAACAAGAGCAUUUUCAAUAUUAGAUUGUAAAUAGUUGUUUUGCCUUACUCCUGAUGCCUUGUUGCCAUACUCCUUAUGCCUUGUUAGAAGAAUUCUAGGCAUGCAGUUUAAUUUGCUUUGGCCCCAGAGAACACAAGAAACAGAAAUUUGUGUGUAUUCCCUAAUCCUGACAGGGUAUCUCGGUAAAAGUGGUCUCAAACCAGUUUAGUUAGUUCACUACAUUAUUCCACUGGUCAUACUAGAGAAGACAGUUGCUCUGUACAGUAUUUACUGGUUUAUUGGACCAGGGGAAUUCCCCUAGCUCUUUUUGACAAGCGUUAUGAACAGCAUAACGUCCCGUUCUAAGGACUGUGGCACUUUGCAUUGACAUGAAUGUCAAGUGCUGAAAUCAGAUGCUUUUAAUUUUACUGAUGUAGAGAAAUAGUUAGCAGUCCAUGUUUAUAGGUCCUAGGACAUUAUGAUACAUUUCAUGUACCUUAGUGCAAUUUAUGUACUAGUUGCUAUGCCUAUAGUUAAUAAUGUUGGUUUUGAUGUUCCACCGAAGAUUACAUUUUGUAUUAACUGUGCAAGACUGUAUGGACUAAGGUCCCCUUUAAAUCAAAGUUAUGGUGGUACCAAGAAUAUAUCUGUUUAACAUUAUUGGUACAGAGACCAAGAUUAGUUCGAUUUUUGUUUGAUCCAAGGUAUAUCUUUAAUUGUUUGAUCCAAAGGCCUGUUAACUAUUGUGCGUAUAUUUAUGUCUGUAUUGACAUUUUUGUAUUUAGUAAAGUUUGUGGGGAAGCAGUUAUUUUUGCUUGACGCACCGUUUUUUAGCCACUGGUUAUCAAACCGGAAACUAACUACUUCUUGGGAUUCAAACUUUACCUAAGCCAAAAUAAGGUUGAUACUGCAGACUGAAUAUAUGCACAAGUUUGAUCAGGACCUAAGUAAUGACUGUCAUAUAUAGAUAACAUGGAUUCUGGCUGCUAUUAUUUUUUUGGCACAGAUAUUGGAAAUGGCAAGCCUUUCAGUCAGUAUGCAUGUAAAAAGGUAUCUCUUGUAAUGAGGUAUCUGUUAGCUAAAUCGUGUGGCAAUUAAGCUCUUAUAGCUACUAAUGAAAUUAAUAAAUCCAAGGAAAGAUAUCAUCCUUGAACCUUUUUACUGUUGUGUAUAUAACUUAAAUCAGUGUUCUGUAUUUUCAUUCCACCAAUUUCUUGUAAGCAUUUAGGUUCUGAGCAUAUGAAGUUUUGUACUGGAUGUAUUGUGUGUCAUAGAGAAAGUUCAUCCUAGUAUUUUUGGAUAUACUUAUUACAUGAAUCCUCUAACAUUAACAUGUUUUAGUUUGUUUGCUUUUGUUUUUCUUUUCUAAACUUUUCUUUUUGAUUUUGGAAAUCAUGAUCGUUUGUGUUACUGAUGUGUGAUAUCGCAAUAGAGUCUACUCUUGCAACACAAAAACCACUAUAAGUUUGCCUUUAAUAAAUUGGUUUUAGUUAUCUUACUAUAACCACUCACUAUGUGGAGUGACUUCAUUGUGAUAAAGUGCUACUACUGUGAACCAUUCCUUUUGGCUGCUAAAUUGUAUGUAUUGCACCAUUCCCCAUUUUAUGCUGUUGCCUAUAUAUUACCAAUAUGUAUUUUGAAUGAACUAUUAUAAGUAGUUCAUUGUGUAAGUAGAAUUGACACAGAUGUGUUUCGAAAGUGGUUUAUGACUUAUCUUUUAAAGAAUGACGACCACUUUUAAAAAAUAAUGACCACUUUCAAAGCUGUUUCAUGUAGAAUCAAACAGAAUAGAAGUGCAUGACUGAUUUUUUGGUUUCCGAGAAUUUUUGGAUUGCCCUUUUGUGACAAUCAUGAAAUAACUAAACUCUAUAAUAAUUAUAUUAGGGAGCAAAUAUCAUAAACUGGCUCUGCUAUACAUAGUAAUGAAUUUAUGGGACCAUAUUUUGCUGAAAAGUUUUACUAUUCUUAAUUGCAGUUCAUUCUGUGCAUUUUAUGCUUACUCAACUAGUUACCUUUUAUUGAAUGUAGAUUUAUGCUUUUCUGGUAUGAAAUUUUGUUGUUGUUCUCGUUAAAUAAUGUUGACAAUAUUUGUAUAUGUAGCCCAGUACAGAGGCAUAGUAUUACUACAGUCUUAAUAAGUUUCUAAUACACUACAGAAGUGGUAAAUAUUGUACAAGCUGUUGGAAUUCUGAACACUAAGAAAGCAGGAAUAGGCAAUGUCGUUAACACUUGUGAACUGCAUGUAAGAUUAUGAUGUUGUUUGCAAUUAGGGAAAUUUCCUCUCAAAGACUUUGGUUUUUCUUGCUACCUUUGUUCUAGAAGUUAAGAUUAUGUUGGAUAUUUAAAUUUCUUAGACUAUUCUUCGAUGAGCUAGGUCUGUGCAACUUUUACAGUAAUCAGCUAUGGGUGAAUUAUAUUUUUCCCAGCCAGA